UUAUCUUAUUCCAGCUUUUUAGAUUUGAAUGAAUAGGUUUAAGCCAAGUCAAGCCAGUUUUACUUACAGAAUAGAUACUUUGUGAUUAUGCAUCAAACAUAUCAAUGAUAAAGCAACUUUAUUACCGGAUUUCUCCAAGAACGAUUAUUUAAGGAUAUCUGCUUCAUUUUAGUCAAUUUUUAUAUUUUUGAAUGAAAAGAAAGCGAAAUAAAGAUGAAUUUAACCUGUCGAUUAUUACAACGACAUGCUUGGAAGAAGACGUUGACCACUAGCGCGGCAGCAGUGCAAUCGUCUCAAUCAUUGUCAUUUCUCAUAGAGAAAUAUAGCCGUUACUGCCCGACUCCGCUCUCGAUGAAACAAUUUAUUGAUUUUGCUCAAAAAACAGGGGAUGAGAAUUCUUCAUUCAGAUGGCUGAGACAAGAAAUACCAACGAGACUCGCAAAUAUGAUAAAGGAAAUGAAUCGGCUCCCUGACGAACUGCUUUCUACCUCCUCUACCAGUCUUGUAACGUCGUGGUACAACACUUCGUUUGAGGAAAUGAUGCAAUUUCGGAAUUCCCCUGUCAACCAUAGUACUAUAGAAAAUUUCACUCAGUCUUUGAAAGGAGUCGUUGAGCGACAUCGAAACGUGGUUGAGACAAUGGCUCACGGAAUAAUGGAAUGGUCAGAACAUGUUCUGGGUGCCGAUGGAACCUUCUCAGACACUGACAAAGAAAAUAUUCAAUAUUUCUUGGAUCGAUUUUACACGAGUCGUAUCGGGAUCAGACUUUUGAUUAAUCAGCAUAUACUCCUUUUCGGGGAUUCCCCUAAUCGAAGUCCAGAUCUUUAUGGAUCCAUCGACCCCAACUGUGAUGUCGGCGCAGUGGUGCAAGACGCGUACGAUAACGCUAAAUUUUUGUGCGAGCAAUAUUACUUAGGAGCUCCAGAUAUGGAAAUUGACGUUAAAAAUGCCGUUAACAAUCUGGAUCCCACAGUGAACAUCAUCUAUGCGCCUUCACAUCUCUACCACGUCUGUUUCGAACUCUUCAAGAAUGCAAUGCGAGCAACUAUGGAGCACCAUCCUGAACAUGCAUGCGACGUUCCGAGCGUUUCCGUUCGUGUUACGAAAGGACAGCACGAUUGUUGCAUUCGGAUCUCGGACAACGGAGGUGGGGCGUCACGAGAGACACGACAACGAUGGUUUGAGUAUUUGUAUAGUACAGCACCAAGGCCACCUAGAAGCACGGACUCAAGGGUUGCACCAUUGGCUGGAUAUGGUUACGGUUUACCAAUCUCACGACUUUAUGCUCGCUAUCUUGGAGGUGACCUUCAGAUUCAGUCUAUGGAAGGUUCCGGCACUGACGCUUAUAUUUACUUGAGGUCGUUAUCAAGUGAAGCGAUUGAGACUGUUCCUGUCUUCAAUAGUACAACCACCGAGCAAUACAGGAGAUCACAUCUAUCCGGGGACUGGGUGAUACCUGCCAACUCCGCUGUACAGGCUCAAUACAAGAACUCAUUCAAUGAACAAUCAAGGUGCAAUACUAAAGUAAAUGGAGCGUGACAUGUCAUGCUCAACUGAGCGUGACACUCGUUACUAUGGUUACAGACUGUGUAUAUGUGAAGAUAUUUUAUUGUUUUACUCAUUUUUACUCUGUUCUUAAAUCUUGAGUCAAGUGCUAUUUUCCCCAGACAGAGAGCUUGUUCUGAUUGGUCGAAAAUUUAUUUUAAAAUUAGCGGGGGCCAUUAUGCAGCAUAUGUUUUACAAAAUACAUGCUGUUUGGUUUUGAUAUGGAAAUUCAAAAAAAAUUUUAAGGAAACAGAAAAUCAGUAUAUUCGUUGCAGUAGUGUUUGAAUUCACUCAUGGCAAUUUUUUUUGAAAACAAUAGAUUGAAUUUGAGGCCAAUAUUUCAAAAAUUCACUGAGGGAAACUUAUGGCUUCCUCCUUCAGCAAGUCCGUGCAUCAGAAACAAAUAACUGACUAACUAAUCCCAUAUACAACAUGGACUGGUAAUCGGACGAGAAGCAUUGGUUCGCCUCGUGAUUGAGCCGUUUUAUGGACUUUCCUCUCUCUAUGUAAAUCCUAUACUUUAUUUUGGAUUCGAAGUUGUUCUGAAAUAUUCAAUUCGAUUUUGUUUACAAAUGUUCCUUGAUAGUUUUGAAAUAAAAUUUCCCAAAUUAACCUGAGUUUAGGAAUUUAUAUUUUCAAAUAUAUCAUAUUUUGAAUCUAUUUGAGAUAAACUUAUUUGGGCUUAUAUCUGAUCAAGUUGUUGACAAUUACGGCAAAUCAAACUUAGAUCAAUCGAAAACAAGGAAUUUAGACCAAAUUUGACCAAUCAGAGUCCAGGAUUAGAUUCUUUAUGUUUUACUGUCUGCGUACCCAAAUCUUAGUGACUCAAUUUAUGUCUGGGCCAUUUUUGAUGAAGUCUAUUUUACAUGUUUUAAUGUUCCAAUUAUGAUGCCAUAAUUUGCGUCCAUUAAAUAGAGGGAAAUUUUGAGAAAUAAAAAUUGAAACCAAAAAUUUUUGUUAACGAAUAUAAAGCCUAUUUUCAGUUUUCAUAAUAGAAAAUGAUAAAUUUUUUAAUCAAAAUAUUCUAGGUUAUUUAUAAAAUCAAAAUUUUCAAUUUAUAUUUUAAAAAGCCUGGAAAAUUGUUGGGUUGGAAAAAGUUCUUGAGUUGUUAUUCUAACAGACCAUAGAUUUUAGAAAUCCGACUCUCAGCUUGAACUUUGAUUACCCGAAUUUUGACUCCUGGAAGUUUGUAUGUACAUGCUUCCGGCAGGUUAGCAAUCUUUUACUUCUAAUACAUCGAAGUUUCAAAAUUAUGACCUGCCAAUUUCGAAAUAUCAACCCCACAUUUGCAGUUUAAAAAGGCCAUCUCUGGCCAGAAAAUCAAAAAAUUUGAGGUUUAGCUUAAAUUAGGUUAAAUUGAAUUUGGACGAUGAAACCCUUUUUAAAAUCCGAUCAAAUCAAAUUUUGGCGAUAAAAUAGUUUUGCAAUUUUAAUUCUCCUGCUCCGACAAGUCAUAACUUAUUUUUCAAUGAAUUUAAAAUAACAACUCUGGAUCCAAUUUUAUCAAGCUUAGUUCGACGGCCUUAGUUCGAGGGGUUUAUAGUUUCACAUCAUAGUUAUAAUUUUUAUAACAAGGUGAUUUUACUCUUCGUAUGAACUAGUAUAAUUAUAUGUUUGCUGGCGUGGCACGCAAACAAGAGGUCGUAGUUCGCCUCAUGAAUAAGCAGUCUUAUUAACUUCCCUCUCUCCCAGGAUGUAUAUGAGAAACCCUAUAAUUAGGCGUUCUUGUCACACUUUUCCUUUAACUUUUUAAGCAGAGCCCCCUUUUUUGAAUUUGUCAAGUCUGGCAUCUCCCCAUCUCAAAAAUAACUAGCUAACAAUAAGCUACAAAUAACAGAUAGUAAGGCGAGAGUGGGUUUUAUU